GGACGCUCCCCCCGCCGCGUGCAUUUUGUGAGCAGCGGUGCGCGUUGCGGGCCAGUGCGGCGUCGACCUCGCGGCUUGGCGGACGCAAGACUCGCCACUGGAGCACACCUCACAGGACGCAUAUUUGAAGUUCAGACAAAAUGGCUGCCAACGUAACUGGUUUGACGGGAUUUGUUGAGGGUUACCGAAACUUCAUGGAAACUAAAAGCGACCCGAGAACAAAAGACUGGUUCCUGGUGACGAGCCCCGCGCCUCUCAUCACGCUGUUGGUCUCCUAUCUGUACUUCGUGACUUCUGUUGGCCCGCGAUUCAUGAGGGACAGGAAGCCCUACGAUCUGAAAGCCGUGCUGAUGGUCUACAACUUUGCUCAAGUUAUAAUCAGCACGUGGCUGGUGUGGGAGGGUCUGCAAGCUGGCUGGCUGCACCAUUACAGCUUCAAGUGUCAGCCUGUAGACUACUCAGACAACCCACUGGCACUCCGGAUGGCGCGCGCCGUGUGGUGGUACUUCAUGUGUAAGCUGGUGGAGCUCCUAGACACGGUGUUCUUCGUGCUGCGCAAGAAGAACAACCAGGUGUCGUACCUGCACCUGUGGCAUCAUACGCUGAUGCCCGUUUGCGCGUGGAUCGGCUGCCGCUUCCUCCCAGGUGGUCACGGGACGCUUUUGGGUCUCAUAAACAGCUUCGUGCACAUCAUCAUGUACUCGUACUACUUGCUGGCUUCGCUGGGUCCCCAGUAUCAGAAAUACCUCUGGUGGAAGAAGUACCUCACAACACUGCAGAUGGUGCAGUUCGUUAUCGUAUUCCUGCACAACAUGCAGCUGCUCAUCUACGACUGCAAUUACCCCAAAGCCAUCGUCGUGCUGCUGGGAGUCAAUGCUUUGUACUUCCUCUACCUCUUUGGUUCUUUCUACCGACGCACGUACAAGAAACAGCACAAGCAGCAAUAACAGAGACAAGAGACAUAUCUUUCAGGGUUAUGUGCAAUGAACAGUUUAAAUGCAAGUGACGGUGGUUUCCUCGUGGAAGGGAUAUUUCUCAGAGAAAUUGAAAUUUGUGCUUUGUUCUAUAACUUUCAUAAAAGUUAUUUGCCUGAAGUGAUUACAGGACAACUUAAAAC